AUGGCUGGAUCAUUAGCAGCUGCAGAGGCACAAUUUCACGUGCUAGCGGUCGACGAUAGCCUAAUCGACCGGAAAUUAAUCGAGAAGCUUCUGAAGACCUCUUCUUAUCAAGUUACUGCAGUUGAUUCUGGAGUCAAGGCCCUGGAGUAUUUAGGGUUGCUUGAUGAAGAAAAUAAUAAUGCAAAUUUAGAUCCAAAUCAUGUUUCAACCACCAAAGAUCACCAUGAAGUGAAUGUAAACUUGAUCAUCACAGAUUACUGCAUGCCUGGAAUCACCGGCUACGACCUUCUUCGAAAAAUCAAGGAAUCGAGAUCGUUUAAAGACAUCCCGGUUGUAAUAAUGUCGUCCGAGAAUGUCCCGUCGAGGAUUAGUAACUGUUUGGAGCAAGGAGCAGAGGAGUUUUUUCUUAAACCAGUUCAACUAUCAGAUGUGAAUAAACUCAAGCCACAUUUGAUGAGGAAAAUGGGGAAAAAAUUUGAUGAUAAUCAGCCAAAUAAUGUUGCUAAUUAUAAUAGUAAUAAGAGGAAAGCUGUGGAAGAAUGUAAUCUAGCUGAUAGGAUAAGAGCAAGAUCAUACAAUAGUUAUGUUGGCCUGGAAUCAUAG